UUGCCGCACAUCCCCUCGACCAGAAGAGUGAUUGGAAGCUGGGGUCCUCGGGAGGUUUUGCAGCUCACGCGGCGAAUGCCAGCGUAGACGAUCCGCUGCGAUACAAAGUCCGAUUCAUUUUGGCCGAAUUAUUUAUUCUUCAAAAACCUCAAAAUGGGAGGGAAACACGCACAGGCACUUUCCUCCUCUUUCUCAGAGACUCUCCUUCCCCCUCUCCCUCUGUCUCUCUCGCGAAUGGCCUAGGGUUGGAAUCCACGAAGCGAAUCGCGUCCUCGCUUCGAUUUAGAGCCGCAAUACCCUUAACCUUGGACCUGAUCAGCUACAAUGGAUACCAUCUGGAGGCCUGCUACAUCCUUCACUCUCACCCCCCACAAGAUAUCUGUCUGCGCCCUCAUCCAGUUGUACGCCACUCCGUCGCCGGACACGGUCCCAUUCCCCUUCUCGUCCGUAUCCCAGCACAAUUGCUUCGCAAUCUUCUUGAUUUCACUGAUCAAGGCCACUGAUGAUUUUGUGGAGCAAUCACUUGAACGGCUUAUUAUGCAACUCAAGGCAGUUACAGGAGAACUUGACAUGUUUAUUGCACACCGAUUAACUGAACGUCUCUCAUCAUUAUCUUCAGCUGAUGAAUUGUUUAACUUUUUUGCUGGGUUGCAAGUUGUUUUUGGGAGCAAUGAAACAACAAAUUUGGAGGAUGAACAAAUAUCAUUGGACACAAAUAGCAUCUUGGGCAUGUUUGUUCGGCGUUGCACACUUACCUUCAAUGUUUUAUCGUUUGAGGGGGCGUGCCAUCUUCUGACAAAUAUUGCAGCAUAUUGUGAUCAGUUCUCAUCUUGCUCUGAUUUAUCACAUUACUAUAGUCCUAUACGAAGAACAUUUUCUGUUUUUGUUGUAAAUGAUAGCAAAAAAGAAGCAGAAUUGUUAGACCCUGAAAAACUACGGCUUGCAAAUUAUGUUCCGGAUCAUGAUCCACAUAGACUAGAAGCUGGAAGCAGUGCUGGUUUAUUGACAGGAACUCAAGACUGCAGUUCUUUCUUUCGUAUAAGAGAAGUGCAACGUGUACCUACACAAGCACAAGUGCCUGUCAAACCCAAAAUAAGCAGUCUUGAGGACAAGAUUGAAGACAGAAUGCUUUGUCAACCCAAUGAAGUUGGAACGAAUGACACUGCUGGGCAUCUUGUCUUGCGCACGAAUUGGCAAGUGCAAGGGUUUCUAAAGGAAAAAGCUGACUUAUUUGAGAACAAAAAGGCCUUUUUCAGGUUACAUGAAUUCGAAAACAUGCUAAAGCUACUAGAGAAACUAGCCCCAGAGUUGCAUCGUGUGCACUAUUUACGUCAUUUGAAUAGCCUUUAUCAUGAGGAUUACAUUAAUUCUUUGGAUAAUCUUCGUCGUUAUUUUGAUUACAGUGCAGGAUUAGAGGGAAUUGAUACUAGUUCUUCUUCUUUUGCAUCUAAUCCGCGUGAUGGCAAAUAUGAGACUGCCUUAUUGUGUUUGGGAAUCCUGCACUGCCAUUUUGGACAUUUUAAUUUGGCAAUGCAGGCAUUAACUGAAGCUGUUCAAAUUUGUCAUAAGAAUAGUGACGAUUUUGGUCUUGCAUGUACGUUGGCUGCAAUUUGUGAUCUCUUGUCUAAUAUUGGCGUCUCCAGCAUGAAUGGGAUAUUGGGCUCUUCUUACUGUUCAGCAAUUCCAGCUAGUUUAGAUGCUUCCUUAUCCACCCAACGGCAUCUGCUUGUACUUCUAAAACAGUCCCUAGAAAGAGCAGAGAGUUUGAAAAAUGCACGCUUGAUUGCUUUCAAUCGCCUUGCUUUGGCUAAAUUUGAUCUUGAGCAAAUUAAGCGGCCAUUGCUUUCAUUUGGUCCUAAUGCUUCAACCAGGCUCCGAACUUGUCCAAUCAGUGUUUGUGAGGAAUUGAGAAUUAGUCCAUACUUGCUCAGUGAAUUUGGAUCUGAUGCUGCAUCCUUGCCAACUGAUGGCUCUUUCUGUACAUCAUGGCUCAAAAAACUUGAAAAAUCUGGCAGUUCAUCUAUUCUGUUGGAUGAGGUUGGAUCAGGAUGUAAUGAUGACUCAUUGAGCUCUGCUACAGAACCAAGUGUGCUUCCUAAUUGUAUAUUGCAGUUAUGUGGUGCUUCUUAUUUGGCCAGAGCUGCUUCAUGGGAGCUGUAUGGGAGUUCAGCACUUGUUCGCCUGAAUGCACUGGUCCAUGCAAUUUGUUUUGCUGAUUGUUCGAGUUCUUCUGAUUCAUCCCUGGCUUAUGUUAAGCUGGUCCAAUAUUUAGCAACAUACAAAGGAUACCAAGAUGCCUUUACUGCACUUUCUUUGGUUGAGAAGAGAUUUCCACCUCUGUCGCACCUCCACAUCCAGCUAUUAAGGCUCCAGUUACUUCAUGAGCAUUUCAUACAUAGAGGCUGCAUAAAACGUGCUCAACAAGUUUGCGAUGAGUUGGGAGUGUUGGUUUCUUCUGCAUCUGGCGUGGACAUGGAUCUGAAGGCUGAAGUCAACCUUCGUCAUGCUCGAACUCUUUUAGCUGCUAAGCAGUUUGAUCAGGCAGCAUCUGUGGCCCAUUCUUUGUUCUGCAUGUGUUACGAAUUCAACAUGCAGAUUAAGGUUGCUAGUGCUCUCCUCUUGAUGGCUGAGAUCCACAAGAAAGCAGAGAAUGCAUGCACCGGUCUGCCUUAUGCACUAGCAAGCUUGACAUAUUGUCAAUCUUUUAAUCUUGACCUUCUUGGUGCUUCAGCAACUUUGACGCUUGCAGAUCUGUGGCUGUGUCUUGGAUCUGUUCAUGCAAAACGAGCACUAAGCCUCCUACAUCAGGUACUGCCAAUGAUACUUGGCCAUGGAGGGCUAGAGCUUCGCGCACGUGCCAACAUUUCAAUUGCGAAGUGCUAUCUUGCAGAUUCAACAUUUUCAGUUGUUGAAGAUCCUAACUCCGUGUUAGAUCCUCUGAACCAUGCUACUGAGGAACUUGAAAUUUUGCAGUAUCAUGAGUUGGCUACAGAAGCAUUUUACCUGACAGCCCUCAUUUACAAUGCACUUGGGAAGUUUGAAGAAAGAGAAGCAGCUGCAACUUCCUUCAAAAAGCAUAUGUUGGCUCUAGAAAAUCCUGGAGACCAGGAGGAUUCUUUUCUAUGAUGCAGAUAGUGCUUUCCAUGUUAAUAUGUUUGUAUGAUGCAGCUUAGUUAUGGUAUUAUAUUUCCUCUGCAAGUGGGAGCCAUCGUCAGUUAUUAGCUUAGCUGUAGCUCUGCUCCCUUUUGUGUAUGUUCUUUGUUGUGUAAUGAAUUUGUACUAGUUAAUUGGCCGAUCCUCCAUCCGUAGUUGAUUAAUGACAGCCUCAGCUCCAAUACGAGUUAUGUAUGUAUAUCAUUACACAUUUGUAUGAUAAACUCUAAACUCUAUAUUCAAGUUCAAUCUCUA